AUGGCGGAGGAAAUAUUAUGCGCCAACGAUGCCAAAUCCAAGGUGGAUCUUACAAAAUCGCUACUGGCCGUGGCUCUCCUCGCCUCAUUUGGCAGCUCCUUGCUAUAUGGCUUCAAUCUGGCAGUGGUUAACUCUCCGGCACAGUACAUUAAAGACUUUUACAACCAGUCCAUGAUAGAGCGAUACAAUUGGAGUCUCAGUGAGAGGGAGGUCACUAUCAUGUACUCCGUAACGGUGUCUAUCUUCGCCAUUGGAGGGAUGGUCGGGUCUCUUGUGGUGGGCACCCUCGUUACCAAAUAUGGAAGGAAAGGGACGCUGGUUAAAUCCUCCGUGCUGGUGUUUGUAGCAGGACUUCUUAUGGGCUUCAGCAGAGCAUGUGGCUACCCUUUCAUGGUCAUUACUGGAAGAUUUAUCAUAGGGAUACAUUCAGGUAUUUGCCUUAGUGUAGUGCCUAUGUACCUGGGUGAAAUCGCCCCCAAGAACCUGCGAGGUUUCUUGGGUCUUGUACCCAGCAUCCACAUUUGUCUUGGGGUCUUCAUUGCUCAGGUCCUAGGACUCCAUGAGCUAUUGGGAAAGGAGGAGAACUGGCCCAUGCUCCUCUCUCUCGUGGUGAUUCCUACCUUCUUCCAGCUGAUGCUGCUGCCAUUAUUUCCAGAGAGUCCACGUUACCUUUUGAUAGAGAAAAGGAACAUGCAUGCCACUAUCACAGCUCUGAAGCGGUAUCGUUCUAAAGCGAAUAUCCAGGCCGAGAUUGAGGAGAUGUUGGAAGAACAGCGCUCUCUGUCCUCUCUUCAUACCGUGUCUGUCGUGGCCCUGCUCAGAGACUGCUGUGUACGAUGGCAAGUCAUCACGAUUGUGGUGGUCAACAUUGGGAUGCAGCUGUCCGGCAUUGACGCGAUCUGGUUCUACACAAACAACAUAUUUGCUAAUGCUGGGAUCCCCGGGCCACAGAUCCAGUACACAACUGUUGGAACUGGUGCCGUUGAAGUCAUCUCUGGAUUGAUUGGGUGUUUUACUAUUGAACGUCUGGGCAGGAGAUCUCUGAUGAUUGGGGGCUUCACCUUCAUGGGAUUCUGCUGCGGGGGAAUCACCCUUUGUUUCCUCUUGCAGGCUGAUAUUCCUGAGUUGCGCUACGUAAGUGUGGCCUGUGUGGUGGGGAUCAUCGCUGGCUUCUGCAUAGGGCCAGCUGGUGUGCCGUUCCUGAUGACAGCUGAGCUGUUCAAGCAGUCCCACAGGCCAGCAGCAUACACUGUGGCUGGUUGCCUCAACUGGCUCUCCAACUUCACCAUCGGCUUUGUAUUUCCCUUUCUCCAGAUGGCCACGGGCUCCUUCUGCUACCUGAUCUUCUGUGCUGUCUGCAUGCUGGUGGCGGUCUACACUCUCUUCGUCAUCCCUGAGACCAAGAACAAGACCUUCGUGGAGAUCAGCAACAUGUUUGCGGAGAGGAAUGGCAUUGUUAAAGAGGAGAACACAGAGCUGGCUAUGGCUGACAGCCAUCACAGAACAUCACAGAUGAACGGCUAUGGGACCGCCGGACUUCACGGAGAACUAUGA